AUGAGCCUACUGUCUUCGAACGCGGUGCCUAGCACGUGGCGCCGACUUCCCAUCGUUGACGUUGGGACCAAUGAUGGAACCGACUUCACGAUGCCAGGGUCAAAGGUGGGCCACCGCGUGUACAGCUUCGAGCCAAGCCCGAUCGUGUACGCCCGCAUGCUGCGAAACCUGCAGCAGAAUGGAAUCAGUGUGGCCAAUGACAGCGUUGGCUUUCGGAGCGCCAAAGCGGGCUUGUUCAUCCUCAAGAUUGAUUCCCAGGGCCACGAGUACCACGUGCUACAGGGUUGCGUCCAAUACAUCCGAACGCAUCCCGUCUACUACAUCCUGCUUGAGUUCUAUCCGAAGGGCUUACGAGCUGUCAACAUCGAGCCUCUGACCCUGCUUCAAUUCCUCCACUAUGAACUGGGAUACCAGUGCUUCGAUUUGGGGCGGAAUGCGCGAAAUCACGGCGCUAUGGAGCUCUCUGCCUUUGUCACCUAUUAUGGCAAGCCAGAUACUCGAAUAGGCUCGUACGGCCGAUUCACGGACUUGAUUUGCGUCAACUUUGCUGUCAUGUAG